GAAUUUAAGCUAUGUAUUGAUGACAUCCUUUGUAGAAUAAAAAAUAUGGAUCCAGUUGUAGAUAGUAACGAAGCUAUGCAGUGCGAGUAUAUUUCAACGAUCUUACAUACAGCUGUAAGUAUUCUCGGCGACUUGGUAAUCACACCUCAGGCAAAUAUAAUUGGUGAAGAAAACACAGGCUGUGUCGACUAUGCCAUCAAAAAAAUUAUCAGCGAGUUACUGGAGGAAAUAAUUUGCAUAACUGAAGGCAAACAGAAUCAAGCAACUAUAGGUAUCUGCCAAAACUUACUACAAUGCCGAAGUGCUUGCGAUAUGAAUAUAAAUAUGAAAAAGAAAAAAAGAAAGGUGGAUGAUGAAUUCGAUCCAGACUACGACUACGUCUAUGGUAUAGUCAGUACUGGAACUGACUGGUACUUCAUUCUUCACAGCACUGAAGGUAUCUAUAGUACAAGCAGGACUGAAUACCGAAUUUCACUAACAGAAGACAUUCUCAAAAAUGAUACAAAAUUGCGUAAGAAUGUGAAGAGGGUUUUAGAAGUGAUCGUAGGAUUAUUAAAAGAUAGAGCAAUAGGUAGUGAGGAACCCGCAAAUAAGAAGCGCUGUGUAGAAGAGAUAAUCAAGAAAAAAUAAUUGUAUAUAAGACUAGCAUAGACGUCAUGUAUCGGGUUAGCUUGCUAACCAACAUUUGUAUUUAUUUUUCGCAUGUAAUAAUAAAAAAAUUUUUUGGCA